AUGGCGAAUGCUUGCAAUGAAAGUGAAGUCCUUGACGGCAGUGACCGUGAGGAAGAUAUGGUUAUAGGGGCUGAAUUCAAAACUUUCCAAUGUGAGACCCAGCAAGAAUUGCGGGAGGUCCAAGAGACUCUUGCUAGGCUGACGACAGGGAGUAAUCAACGGGGCGACAAUCCUAUGGGUCGUCAACCUUACUCAAAGUGGGCUGAAGUUUUUCGUGAAUGCCAUCCAGAGAAUCCACGUAGGCAACUAGCCUAUGAGAAUAACUCGAGUGAGGAUGAGAAAGAUGCUGAAGCCAUACUCCAGAAUACUCGAAGGGGUUACCAAGGGGAACAAGAUCGACAAACCUUUCAUGUAGAUCUCCUCAAUACUUUUUUUCUUUUAUUUUCUUUCUUGGUGGUGGUGGUGAUGGAAUACCAUAUGGUAUUUGUGAUUUCCACCGUAUGGAGCGAGCUUAAGGUGGUGGUGCAACGUAAGGAACAGAGGAGGGGUUGGAAGGGGAUCUACAAUCGUAAUUGGUGA